UGUCCAGGCAAUUGAGUAUCUUUUGUGGUUACCAGAGAGUGGGAUCAGCUCCUCUCCUUUGGAGAAAUUCUGAAGGAAUUUUCAUUUGCAGAUUGAUUGAACCCAACCAAUGGAGAGAGGAAUCACCCCAACUCGUUCAGUUUGUAGACUUUUGGGGCUUGUUUGAUCCUGCAGCAGUUGGAUUGUUUUAGUGACUGUUUGCAUGUGUCUGAUGUAGUCAUGGGAAAUUAGAAUUUAAUAAACUGACACUCUUUUAUAACACUGUUUGACCCCAGUAUAGUUUGGAAUCUGGUAUUUGCUCUUGAGUGGGAAAGUGGGUUGGAUUUCCAUGUAUCCAGGCUUUUGUGCUGCUGUUGGGCCAAGUUAAUAUGUGAUGUUCUCCUGUGGUGCUGUUUGACCCCAGUGUUCUUUGGAGUCUGGAGAGGUUUGGACUUUAAAAAUUAAACUGCCACGGAAACUGUUUUACCGAAAAUUUUGGUUCACAGCCUUCACUGGAUUAUUGAUCAAGGCUAACAAAGUUCAGCCAUGUGAAGUUUGCAGACUGAUGGUGUCAGAAGCAGGAUCUGAAGUGGAGCCUCUAGUAUCCCCAGGAGCACUAAGUGAACACAAAAAGUACCUGCAGGAUCCAAUUGCGUCCACUGAUCUCUCAGAGAGACUGAGGAUAAUACAGUUUCUUCUUGAAGGUCUCAAGGUCUGAAGCAUCCCACAGAAUGAUCCUACUGAAUAACUCCCAUAAGCUACUGGCCCUAUACAAAUCCUUGGCCAGGAGCAUCCCUGAGUCCCUGAAGGUUUACGGCUCUGUGUAUCACAUCAAUCACGGGAACCCCUUCAACAUGGAGGUGUUGGUGGACUCCUGGCCCGAAUAUCAGAUGGUUAUUAUCCGACCUCAAAAACAGGAGAUGACUGACGACAUGGACUCAUACACAAACGUGUAUCAUAUGUUCUCCAAAGAGCCUCAAAAAUCACAAGAAGUUUUGAAAAAUUGUGAGAUCAUCAACUGGAAACAGAGAUUCCAAAUCCAAGGUCUUCAGGAAAGUUUAGGUGAGGGGAUAAGAGCGGCUGCAUUUUCAAAGUCAGUGAAGGUAGAGCAUUCGACAGCAGUCCUCUUGGUUACGGAAGAUAUUCUGAAGCUCAAUGCCUCCAAUGAAAGCAAGUUUCGAAGCUGUGCUGAGACAGGCCACCCAGAUGAUGACUUUGAAAGUGAAACUCCCAACUUUAAGUAUGCCCAGCUGGCUGUCUCUUAUUCCGGGCUGGUAAAUGACAACUGGAAGCGAGGGGGGAAUGAGAGGAGCCUGCGUUUCAUCAAGCGCUGCAUACAAGACCUGCCAGCAGCCUGUAUGCUCGGCCCAGAGGGAGUCCCAGUCUCAUGGGUAACCAUGGACCCUUCUUGUGAAGUAGGAAUGGCCUACAGCAUGGAAAAAUACCGAAGGACAGGCAACAUGGCACGAGUGAUGGUGCGAUACAUGAAAUAUCUGCAUCAGAAGAAUAUUCCAUUUUACCUCUCUGUGCGGGAAGAAAAUGAACGCUCCCGCAGAUUUGUGCAGCAGUUAGGUUUCUUUGAGGCCUCCUGUGAGUGGCACCAAUGGAUUUGCUAUCCACAGAAUCUAGUUCCAUUUUAGACAAUGAAGCUGCUUAGUAACCUCUGGCAAGCCAUCUCUUAAUAUUAAAGCAGACACCACAGAAUAGCUUUCUUCACUUACAAACGCACAUUGUGCAUUUAUGAUAUGGCAGGAACUCUUCUCACAUGGAGCCUUGAUGUUAAAAGACACAGCCGUGCUCUUGAGGAGCUCACAGUCCAGGCUGGAGGCAGGGGAGGGUAUAGUCUUUAUGCUUAAGCGUUGUAGGGAAGGACAGGGUUACCAGAAAACAUGUCACUAGAAAGCCAGGCUCAGUUCUUACCUCUGGGAAUCAGAACUCUUUAUGAAACUUGGUUAAUAGAAUCUACUAUCUGGAAGAUAUAUGAAGGAUUUUAAUAAAAUCGUCAAUAGAAUAUACCUAA